UAUGUAUGUUCCUCCUGUAUUCUGUCUUCUUCCACAGACUUCGGUAUCUUUUUACACUUCUGCCGUGGUGUUUACUCAAACUAGCCUCGGGCGUAGGGACAAGAAACCUCAAGAAACUCGGAAAAAUAUAAUUCCACAAUCUUCGACGAUAUCUAGCUCUUUCAAACUCUUGUGAAAGAUAAUUAUCUCGCUCAUUUCGAACUUGUUCACUACGGAUCAUGGAUCAUCUUCGCAAUUAUCUUCCGUUACAUCCAACCUCUCUCUUCAUCGUGAAACCCUCUGCACCAAUAGCGAUUCCUUCUCGGCACAAUUCAACGUUUCCCUCUCCAAUCUUCUAUGGUGUAAGCUGCCCUUCUGCGACCUCUUCGGAGCUUCUCUUCGAAAUGUCUCCCCUUGACCUCGAAGCCAAUCGUCACAGAGAGACCACCAUUCACCUGCCAACAACGUACGUCAGCGAGCCUUCUCUUCCAGUCGAUCGUGUCGACAGAGAUGCGUAUGUCACUCGAAACUCUUUCCUGGCUCCAUCCUGGCAACGAUAUUUAGGAUAUUCAGCACAUUCACCUACUGUCGACUGCUUCCACCCUCACUCCGAUCUUAAAAAACGGCGCGAUUCGGAUCAUUCGAUCAAAACUGAAUACAUGCCGCCCGUGAUUAGAACCACUGCGGUUCACAAGAUUAGCGGCUUUUCACCAACAAAUCCUACAAGCUCUGAGGCCUCUCCUCGGCUUCAAACGCGAUCAACACCUUCUAGCAGUAAUUCGAUUUUCAAAUCUUUUGGGAUCCAUCAACAACAUCAUGACAACAAGUCCUAUGACACGAAGGUGUGCGCCGUUUUCAGGACCGCUGAGUUAUCAAACCUCAGGGCUCGACCUCAGUGCCACCACUCACUUCCUUCUGUUGCAUGUUAAAUUAUGCCUUCCCGAAACAGAGAUUUUACCUAUCAGCGUCCAGGAAGCAUACGGACUGAUAUUUCAUUCGAGAUCGCUCUUAUAAUUCU